UAUUCAGAUGGAUGGACUGACGUUCAGAAUCAUAUUCAACAGGUCUGUGUCGAUUAUUGGAGGAAUUCUAUUGGCUCACCACAUUCCCCCUUCCAGGGUAGAAUGGUAAAAGUGUCAUUUUAUAUUAAUCUAACAACAAUCAAAUGAUAUGGCCACUGACCAAGCAGUGUGCUCAGAAGAUGAAACGCUGCAGGAAACAGAGGAUGCAGACAAGGAAACCUCCAGUGAUAAUAAAAUACCCAAUGAUAAAACAAGCAGGAAGAAAUUAUCUAUGGACAGUAGAGAGAAAAUCAGGGCUCUCCUUCAAGAAGGUUUAACUCAGCGACAGAUUGCCAAGCACAUGAAUGUUUCUUCCUCAGUGAUUUGGAGGUUUGAGAAACGAUUGAAAGAAACAGGCGGAGUUGAAGACAGGCACAAGGGACGUAGACCUAAAAAGAUACGCGACCCUACCGAACACUGGAUAGAAAUUGGAGGAGAAAGGAAGUAUCAGUGUACACAUUGUCAAAAAACUUUCGUGCACUUUUCACAAAUUCAUGAACAUGUAAGAGUUCACACAGGGGAAAGACCAUUUAAAUGUGACCAGUGUUUCAAAGGAUUUGCCCAGUCAAGCGCUCUGAAACGUCAUUUGAUCUGCCACUCAGAUGAGAGACCAUUUAUGUGCGAUUUCUGUGCGAAGUGUUUUGCGGAUCCAGCGUCCCUUCGCCUUCAUGUCCGCACCCAUACAGGAGAAAAGCCGUACAAGUGUAGAUUCUGUGACCGACGUUGCACGACAGCUGGGAACCUCAAUGCCCACAUGAGGGUCCAUCGAGACCAAUAUGACAACGAGAGCAGGACCCACAUCAGGAUGACAGAAGGGAAUUUGACUCAAAUCAAGAUGGCCGAAAGAAAGGAAGUGAUGUUUGAUAAUGAAUGGGGGAUGAAACAAGGGAGGGAUGAAGACAGUAUGGCCAACGAGGAAGAUGCUGUAGGCAGUGAGGAUGAAGGCAUAGAUGAUGAGGAUGAAGGCAUGAAUGCAUGUGUAGGUAGGAAAGAAGGCGUGAUUAGUGCACUGAGGGAGGAAGAUGGAAUGGAUAGUGUAGGUAGGGAGGAAGAAGGCACAGCUGCACAUGUAGGCCGGGAAGAAGGGAUGCACAAUAGUGGCUAUGAGAUGGCAUCCACAGGGAUCAAUGAAGGUUCACAGCAGUAUUUAGGCAAGGAAAGGGAGACAGUCAGUAUGAUGAGAGAAGAUGGGUGUCCGAUUAAACAAGAACCACAAGAGAUGAGCACAGACCAUUCAAUGUCUGAAGACGAAGGCCAUGAAGUCCUCCUGAAGGAACCAGAGGUAACAUUCUCUGUGCUACCAGAACCAUCGAAAACACCAGGCGUCAAAGCAAGCAGGAGAAGACUCUCCAUGGAUGACAGAGAAAAGGUCCGCGCUCUCCUACAGAAUGGUACAUCCCGACAACAGAUUUCUCGGAUCAUGGAUGUAUCCUUCUCAGUCAUCUGGAGGUUUGAGAAACGGUUGCGAGAUACAGGCAGUGUGAAGGACCGCCACAAGGGAGGGCGACCUAAAGCUGUUUAUGAACCAUCCGAGCAUUGGACGGAAAUCGAGGGAGAACGCAAGUUUCAAUGUAAUCACUGUCGAAAAACAUUUGUUCACUUUGCGCAAAUUCAUGAACAUAUUCGAGUACACACAGGGGAAAGGCCAUUUAAAUGUGACCAGUGUUUUAAAGAGUUCGCCCAGUCAAGCUCUCUGAAACGUCACUUGAUCUGCCAUUCAGAUGAGAGACCUUUUAUGUGCGAUUUCUGUGCGAAGUGUUUUGCAGAUCCAGCAUCCCUUCGUCUUCAUGUCCGCACCCAUACAGGAGAAAAGCCAUAUAAGUGUAGAUUCUGUGAUCGUCGUUGCACGACAGCUGGAAAUCUUAAUGCACAUACGAGGGUACAUCGAGAUCAAAUCAACGAGGAGAACAUGGCUCGGAUGAUUAUGGCUCAGAUGAUGAUGACAGAGGAGAGCGUUGCCAAGAUGGAUGAAGUGAAGGCUUCAGCAGCUGAUGAUGAUGAAGUCAAACAGGAAGAUGGAAAGGAAGAGGGAAGGAAGGAAGUUGAUCUUGUAAGUGAGGACGAAAAUAGAUGCCCGGAGGAAGGAGGAAGAGGUACUGCAGACGAAAGCAUGGGCAAGGAAGAACAUGUUGGCAAGGGAGAGAGUUUUUGUAAUGAGACAGGAAGUGAGAGUUGUGAAAGUGACAUUGAAGUCGAAGACAGAACCCAGUCAAGGGUGAAAGGUCAAGGAAUCGAUGGCGAGGCCUCAGUCGUCGAGAUAAAGCAGGAACCCCCUGAUUCAGAGUGUGUGACCGAGCAGUAUUCGCAUGAUCAUUUGGUGGCAACAGAAGAACCAGAGCAGCCCACUGAUCAGAUUCCAGUGUUAAGACCACAAGCCACUGCCCAUCUGGUGCAAUAUAUCAAUCCUAAAAGAAUGCCAAGUCAAAAAACUAUAAAGCAUACAUCUAGCCCUAAAAAUGAAACUUGUAGUGAUGAAGCUAGAAUACCAAGUCCAGAAACUGAAAAGCCUAUUGAGAAAAAGUGCAGGAGAAGAAUGUCGGUGGAAAAUAGAGAGAAAAUCAAGGCACUUCUCCACGAUGGUACAUCUCGAAGGCAGAUUUCCAAAAUCAUGAAUGUUGCUCCCUCAGUUAUUUCAAGGUUUGCAAUACGACUGAAAGAAACGGGUGGAAUUGAAGACCGACACAAGAUAGGGCGACCUAAGAAAUAUCAUGACCCUACAGAACAUUGGACUGACAUAGGAGGCGAACGCAAGUAUCAGUGCAAACAUUGUCAAAAAACUUUUGUACACUUUGUACAAAUUCAGGAACAUAUUCGUGUGCACACAGGAGAGAAGCCAUUCAAAUGUGACCAGUGUUUCAGGGGGUUUGCCAGAUCAAGCACUCUGAAACGCCACCUCAUCUGUCACUCCAAUGAGAGACUUUACAUGUGUGACUUUUGUGCUAAGUGUUUUGCAGAAGCUUCAUCACUAAGGGUUCAUGUCCGCACCCACACUGGAGAAAAGCCGUACAGAUGUCGAUUCUGUGACAAAGGCUGCACGACUGGGGGGAACCUCAAUGCCCACAUGAGGGUACAUCGAGAUAAAAUCAACAAACAGAGAGGGAUACGUAUCAAGAAGCCUGAAGAGACCAUUAUUCGAAGAAAAAUCAUUGAAAAUAAGGAGACACGAAUCAAAGAGGCUGAGGAAAAUAUGACUCAUAUCGAUAUUUCUGAAAUGAUUGAAAAGGCAAUAAGACAGGAAGAGCAAGAAAAAAAAGGUCAUGUCACCAAGGAAGAAGAUGUGAACACUGGAGAAGAAAGAAGAGACGAUGCAGAAGAUUGUCAUGGCAGUGCCGAGGUUCAGAGAGAAAGGAAUAGCUGUGAACGCAAAAUGGUGGAUACUUGUGCAGAGAACACGCAACAGGAGAGUUAUCCUGAAGAUGUGUACCAAGUUGAAAUAAAACAGGAACCAGAAAAUACGAUGGAGGAAUGUAAAUACCUACAGACACCCCGAGUCAAACAGCCUGCCGACCCCCUGCUUCAAACAGGCUUCAAGGAGACAAUACACGGAUGGCUGCUUCAGACAGACUGCAGACCCCCUGCUUCAAACAAAUUGCAGAACCCUGCUUCAAACAGGCUUCAAGCAGACUAUACACUGAUGGCUUUUGCAAAUAGUAACGAAGUCGCGUCAGCGUGUGGCACAAUUAUAAACGAACAUGGCGGACAGCACUCGCCUACCCAGAGUUCCAUGCCACCAGCACAGAACCACUGCCGGAGUGUGGGCGGACAGGUGCCUGCAGUGUACCGAAUGCCAAGUCAUAAAACUGUGAAACAUACAUCUAGUCCUAAAAAUGAAACUUGUAGAGAUGAAACUAGAACACCAAGUCCGGAAACUGAUGAGCCUAUUGAGAAAAAGCAUUUGAAAAGACUGUCGAUAGAAAAAAGAGAGAAAGUCAAGGCACUUCUCCAAGAUGGUACAUCUCGAAGGCAGAUUUCCAAAAUCAUGAAUGUUGCUCCCUCAACUAUUUCAAGGUUUGCAAUACGACUGAAAGAAACGGGUGGAAUAAAAGACCGACACAAGACAGGGCGACCUAAGAAAUAUCAUGACCCUACAGAACAUUGGACUGACAUAGGAGGUGAACGCAAGUAUCAGUGCAAACAUUGUCAAAAAGCUUUUGAACACUUUGUACAAAUUCAGGAACAUAUUCGUGUGCACACAGGAGAGAAGCCAUUCAAAUGUGACCAGUGUUUUAGGGGGUUUGCCAGAUCAGGCACUCUGAAACGCCACCUCAUCUGUCAUUCCAAUGAGAGACUUUACAUGUGUGACUUUUGUGCUAAGUGUUUCGCAGAAGCUUCAUCACUAAAGGUUCAUGUCCGCACCCACACUGGAGAAAAGCCGUACAGAUGUCGAUUCUGUGACAAAGGCUGCACGUCUGCGGGGAAUCUCAAUGCCCACAUGAGGGUACAUCGAGAUAAAAUCAACGGAAGGAGUGGGAUACGUAUCAAGAAGUCUGAAGAGACCAUUAAUCAAAGUACAAUCCUUGAAGAGAAUGUAACUCGUAUCAAAGAGGCUGAGGAAAAUAUGGCUCAUAUCGAUAUUUCUGAAAAGAUUGAAAAGGCAAAAAGACAGGAAGAGCAAGAAAAAAAAGGUCAUGUCACCAAGGAAGAAGAUGUGAACACUGGAGAAGAAAGAAGAGACGAUGAAGAAGAUUGUCAUGGCAGUGCCGAGGUUCAGAGAGACAUGAAUAGCUGUGAACGCAAAAUGGUGGAUACUUGUGCAGAGAACACGCAACAGGAGAGUUAUCCUGGAGAUGUGUACCAAGUUGAAAUAAAACAGGAACCAGAAGAUACGAUGGAGGAAUGUCAAUAGUUGAAGGGUCACAGACAUAAAGUUUAUUUGAUGAUAUAACAGUGUAAGAGUAAAAACGCAAUUGCUCAAAAAUUUAUCAGGAGCUCUGUAUUGUUGUUUAUUUUUAUUUGAUAUAAAAUUCUUUCCAUUUUAGCUAUAUUGACGGUAACACCAUUUUUCAGGGCAUUAUUAUUUGCAGAAGCCCUCGGUCCACAGUUAGUGGAAGACUCUGGGCUUCUGCAAAUGAUAAUGCCCUGAAAAAUAGCAUUACCCUUAUUUUAUUGAUACACGUAAUGAUGGGUAAAAUGUGUCUGUCAUGGUCGCUCACACUGUGGAACACAUUAAUAUCUCUGGCAACGCAACAUGUUAAGUGUACAGUUGAAACAGACAUAUAUGCAGAUGACUAAUUCUCACCUGAGAGUUGGGAACAGUAAUAAAGAAUGUUAAGUGUGUAAAUGGUACAGCUGACCAGCUUCAGUGGCAGAAAGAUUAGUUAUGUCAUUUGAUAAUGACGUCAUGGUAACCAGUGACGGUCUGCAAAGCAUUGUAGUGCAAUAUUAUUUGUAGAAGAUAGCGCUUGAUCUUGCCCAAGCAAUAUCUCUAGUUUUUGGUGAUACAUUUUCUUUCAUCCUUGUUUGUUCAUGAUGUUAGCUGGAUCCAGUGUUUGUAGCUUGGUGAGAGAGACAGUAGAAAUAAGCUGUUGUCUUCAACUAUAUUUAUUGUUCAACAAAAAUAAUCAAGGACCUACCUCAUGAGAGACAGCUGGCCAUGAAUGAGAUGCUGACUCCCUUGUCUUGUAUGUAUAGACAUACAUAACGAGUCAUUGAAAUAAAUGUGUGAACCUACA